AUGGAUGAUCCAAGCCAGAGGGAUGAUGACGUAUGUCUUCAAUUUUUCAACGACAGCAUAUCAUACGACAACGAUGCUAAGAGAUACGUCGUACAACUUCCUUUCAAAGCAGAUCCUCGUCAUCUUCCAGACAAUUACUCAAUGGCAUACUGUAGGUUGGCAACACUUCAAAGGACGCUACUACAGAAUCUCGUCUAUAUGAAGAAAUAUCACGAUAUCAUCAUCGACCAAUUAAGGAAGGGCAUAAUUGAAAAGGUUCCAGAAAACGAUUUACGAUCCCCUUGUCAUUAUCUUUCUCAUCAUGGAGUAGUAAAAAGGAACGAGAUGGAAAUUAAACUCCGCUGCGUCGCAGAAGGAAAGGACUUUUAUCAAGCGUCAAGAGAUCUCUUCCAGAAGGCAGGUAUGAAUCUUAGAGGAUAUGUGAGUAAUGACAAGGACCUUAACAACUUCUUCGAAAUAAACGGAGACCGAAUCACAACUUCUCAACAGAAACUUCUAGGACUUCAGUGGGAUACUACAACAGAUGAGAUAUCCAUCCCGUUACCGUUUAUACAGUUAUCUUCUAGACAGUCUAGAAAUUGGACAAAAAGAAAAGUUCUCAAGGAGAUCGCUAGCAUUUACGAUCCUCUAGGAUUUCUUACCCCCACGACCCUCCUGGGAAAACUAUUCCUACAAUCGUUAUGGAAAGCACAGAAAGGCUGGGACGACAUUCUCUCUCCAGAACAACACGCACAAUGGUUACGAAUCACUGAAUCCUGGAAUGCCCCCCAAAUAUCAUUUAGACGGCAACUUUUCUCCAAUGAUCACGACAGCUUUGCUACCUAUGAUCUUCAUGUCUUUGUCGAUGCUCCCGCCGAUGCCUACUGCGCUGUUGCCUACAUGGUUCGACAUCUCCAACAUAAUGGAAGAGAAGCCUCACUCAUAAUGGCAAAGUCCAGACUAGCCCCCCUCCAUCAGACCAUUACCAUUCCCCGCCUUGAACUGUCUGCUUUAGCAGUUGGAGUGAAGCUCAUCACCUAUGUCUCACAACAAAUGGACAUUUCCUUUGAACAAAAGUUUCUGUGGACUGAUAUCACGGUGGCCUUGACUUGGACUAAGAGUGACAGACAAGUUCCCGUAUUUGUUCGCAAUCGCGUCAAAACCAUUCAGGACCACACUACAGACGUAACAAUAAACUACGUCCCCACAAACAGCAACCCAGCAGAUAUUGGUACUCGCGGAGCUACUACAAUUGAACUUCGAAAAAUGUCAUUAUGGUGGAAUGGCCCUCCAUUCCUGACAAAGAACCCAGAACGCUGGAUGGAACAAUCAACAACACCGAGCCGUGCACAUCAUACUGAGGAUCACGAUGUCAGCGAAGGCGUUCUAAUGGCGAUCACUAAAAACAACAACCAACGUGAUAACCUUGUACUUCAUCAAGUUGUCGACUGCACGAGGUUUAGCAAAUGGAAGAUUCUUCUCAACACCAUGACGAAGGUUCUACAUUUUCUUGUAGCAAAAUCCAAAAAGGCUGCAUCCAUUUUCGGAACGAAUCAUAUACAACUGAUCCGAAAGGCCGAAGUCGUUCUACUACGUAUCGCACAACAGGAAGUGCCACCAACUGAAGACCAAAAGGUACAACUUCACCUAUUCCAAUGCGAGAAGACCUUAUUAUGGAAAUCAGAAGGACGAAUCAACAACGCCAAUCUACCACAGGCCGCAGUUACUCCUACGUUUCUUCCGAAUGGGCAUCACAUCACUAAACUCCUCAUCUUGUACACUCAUGGCGAGAAUAACCACUGUGGAGUCAACCACACCUUAGCUGAGCUACGUCAGAAAUUUUGGAUUCCUAAAGGAAGAUCUGCAGUAAAAAAGGUUAUAAGGAAUCACUGCUUCCAUUGUAGAAGGUAUAAUGCCAAACCGUUCGCCCUACCCAGAUUCCCCACUCAUCCCACACAACGCGUCACGCAACCCCAAUAUCCGUUCCAGAGAAUGGGAAUGGACUUCUUCGGACCAAUGCAAUACAGGUCGGAUCAUAAUACAACACAAAAAUACUGGAUAUUACUUUUCACCUGUCUCAACUCACGAGCCAUUUAUGUUGACAUCGUUCUCAACAUGACAACUCAAGCAGUACUCCAUGUACUACGUCGUUUCAUUGCAACCGUCGGAUGCCCUACAUGGAUCAUUUGCGAUAAUGCUCUCUCCUUCAAAAAGGUAGCCGAAUGUUACUCUUCAUUUCCAGAGACAACUAUCGACGACGAUAUAAUUGAUUAUCGCACACAGAAAAGGAUACACGUCAAAUUCAUACCGAGUUUGAGUCCCUGGCAAGGAGGACUAUACGAAAAAAUGAUCGAUAUCUUCAAGAAGUCUUUUAGGCACGCUAUUGGCAACAGUCUAUUUAAUAUAGACGAUAUCCGCACAAUAGCAAAAGAAGCCGAAGCAAACGUUAAUACGAGACCACUCACCUACAUCACCGAUGAUCUCGACCAAAAUCCUCUACGCCCCAUUGACUUCUUGCGACCAUCCGCCUUAUUAUGCGGACCUCAACCCGCCGAAAAUCCUUCCGAUGAAUGGCAACCAUGGAGCGAUACCCGAGAUAACCUCCUCAUGGCUUGGCGUCACACCACUGGAAUCUUGGACACCUUUUGGCAAAGAUGGUCAAAAGAGUAUCUCACAUCAUUGAGGGAACAAUUUAGAACCACCCACAAGACGCCCCGAUCAUAUCAGGAAGAACAACCGCGUCUCGGAGAUAUCGUUCUAAUCCAUGAUAGCAGGAAGAAUCACAGGAUCAGGCGACAAUUACAAGAAAUAGAAGAAAUACGCCUAGCGUCGCAGAGAAAUAUCACUCGACCAUUGAAUCUCGUAUGCAAAUUUGAGAUAUCUUCAACCAACGGCUCAUCCCUCGAUAUCGACAAGCCAACAAGCAAACGAAAUGACGAAAGGAACUCCAACAACAACAAAACCAACAGGACUGAUUCGAUCCAUCCGAUGACAACAAGAUCAAAGGCCCGUCAACAGGUGAACACCUUCUUUACAUUCAUCAAUAUCGUGUUAUUUUGUCAGCUCGCUCUCGCCAUCAAUACUCGUUGUCCCACAGAUUUAACGAUCAACAAGACAAUCCUCUACGCAACCAAUUGCGCGAAAGAAGGCGUAGCUGUUGCAAGAUACAAAGAUAUCAAUACAGAAGGACUCUGUUGGUUCCCAGUUAGUUGUCCGUACGGAGCUAUACGAUCCGCAUUCCCCAUGAAGCCCAAUGCGACGCUAUGCGGCAGCUCUUGUGAAUGUCCAACGUGGGCUACUUCAUGCUCCUACACUGAGUCAGACAGAACUACCUUUUCCAGCUUAUCCCUGCUACCUCCAGAUAUAAGAAGCUAUCAGCCAAAGCAAGUUUGUUCCUUCGAGGCAUCUCAGAAAUGCGACCAGAAACGACAAAUAGGAAGCUUUCAUCAAGUUCAAUUAUUUGAUGGCAACGUACUUCUGGUAGAGGAACUAACAAUCGACAUAAAGGAGUAUAUCAGCGAAAUGGACUUCACAUGUGUAGAUAGAAAAAGAUGGAAACGACUGCCCAAACGAUCAAUAACGGGAACCUCACGCUUUUGCGAAAGACAUCGAUGCACACCAAAUGCGAGACUAUUUUGCGCAUACGGCAAUCCUCUAGCGGUACUCGUCAUCAACGCGACUGAUUCAUCGAUGGCGAUUCCAAUCAAAGCAUGGGGAACCGUGACAAAAUCAUUAUUCGGGUUUCCAGAAAUCAAUGCAAUCAAGAAAGAUGAAAAUCUUCAUGUUUUUACUUUGAAAAGGGAGUGCUCACUUGGAGGAGUAACUCUAAACACUGACAACACAGUCGAAGUCGCAGAGGUAUGUAUCAGAAAUUACUGCGUCUUUCUAAGGAAUUGGACAUCGCAGUCAAUAAUAUUCCCAAACGCCUUGAUAAUGUACGACCAUCUGGUCUCAAUCAAAACGUGGAAGAAUGGCGAAUUGCAGCACGACUCCAAACUGACUUGCAAGGCACACGCCAUUUGUGAAACUCUUCAAUGCCACAUUUGUUGGGAAAGGUUAUACAAUUAUCAAUGUUGGUCGUACAAAUACAGUAUUACGAUUCUCCUCAUCAUUGGUCUACUAUUAGCAAUGGCACUAGCAGUCUACCUACUUUCCAAAAUGAUACGCCUUGCCCUUCACGUCAUACGACUAAUAGUACGCUACUGCUGCUCAAUCGGUUAUAUGUCACCAAGGCGACUACAUCAAGCACACCGCUUACCGAAAUAUAUAAAUCGAAGGAAGAGAAACCGACGGAGAGCCUUUGUAUCCUGCACAAUUCUCAUCCUACUUCAACUGACCUGCACCAUUGAUGGAUGUUCCGAAGUUGUCACUAUAACAACAAGAGAAGAAGUCUGCGACUCCGAUGGGAACCAAGAAACUUGCACAUUCAACCACGCCACCACAAUAACACUUCAACCUUUGCAGCAACAAAAUUGCCUGACGCUGAACGAUCCACAAAAUAUACCAAUGGGAAUGUUGACGAUCAAACCGGAAGGCAUCAAAUUCCGAUGCAACAAGAAGAUCGAAUUCUUUACGCGUGAUCAUCAAAUCAUAUCUGAAUCAGUCCACCGAUGCCAUCGCGCAGGAAGUUGCCAUGCAGACGAAUGCCAUAAAAUAAAGGGAAAUGAUAAGCUCGAAGAGUUUUCAGAUACUGCAAAUAAUAGCCCCGGAUAUUCUUCUUGCUCCUUGAGCUGUAGCUGGCUCACGUGCGAUGGUUGCUUUCUUCCCAUACCUAGCUGUCUCUUUCACCGACUCUAUGCUACUCCUACGACGUCAACAGUGUAUAGCGUUUUUCAAUGUCCAAGUUGGGAACUCGAGGUCGACGCAGAAGUAACCCUACAGCAGGAAGACAAAGUAACAACUUCGACAGUAGUGCUACAUCCAGGACGCACGAGUAGCUGGAACAACUUCCACUUUUCUUUGAUUGGCACCAUAACACCACAACUUCCAAUACUGUCAUUCAUACGGAAACAGAACAUCUAUCAUCAAUUCAGCUCAGAGCGGUCUACUACAAAGCCACUC